AUGGAACCUACUUACACACCUUUCGUCAAGAUAACAGAGCAGCCUGCCCCAGAUCGUUCUAGGUUUCGUUAUGAAAGUGAAGGUUUUAGUACCUUAGUAGGUAUUUCUUCUACGUCGAUCCGCAGGACUUAUCCGACUAUUCAAAUAAUCGGAUACAAAGGAAAAGCAGUAGUCAUUGUUUCUUGUGUAACAAAGGACGCGCCGUACAGGCCUCAUCCUUUCAAUAUUGAUGGAAAACAAGGAUGCAAAAAGGGAGUAUGUACAGUCAAGGUUCCUGAGGGAACAAAUAUAGUAGAAUUUUCCAACAUAGGAAUAAAAUGCGUGAGGAAAAAAGACGCAGCUGAAUCGCUCAAAGAAAGGAAGGCACUCAAGAUAGAUCCUUUCAGAACUGGUUUCAGUACAGAUCAGUCAGUGUACGAUUUCACCGCCGUGAGACUAUGCUUUCAGGUUUUCACAGAGGGAGAAAAUGGAAAAUUCACCGUGCCAAUUCCACCGGUCGUCAGCGAUCCAAUUUAUGACAGAAAAAAUAAGACCGACCUGAUCAUCUACAGAAUUUCCCACUGCGUUACUAGAGUAGACGAGCAACAGGAAAUUAUCAUUCUUUGUGGCAAGGUCGCCAAAGACGAUGUACAAGUGAGAUUCUACGAAGAAAAAAACGGAGUUUUGGUGUGGGAGGACUAUGGGAUGUUCACCUCGUCCCAAAUACACAGACAAGUGGCCAUUUCUUUCAGAGCCCCUAAAUUUUAUAACCUAGAAAUUGAGAAUCCGGUGAGGGUUUUGGUUCAGCUCAGAAGACCCUCAGAUAACGCUGUCAGCGAAUCCAUACCUUUUGAGUACCUACCGUCCGAUGAAGUUGGUAGAAAAAGGAAGAAGCCUAAAAUAGACAAUCUACUCGAUUUGGCCCGUUGCUUCGAAAAUUGCGGUUACAAUCCAUUUAUGAACAUCAGAAGCGAGACAGCACCUACCGCCCAAACUGCUCCAGAGAUGCCACAAAAUAUUCUAUACGCAAAUAUAGCCACAAAUACAUGCCAACUGAAUAUUCCGUCGACUAGUGGAGUAUCGCAUUUACCCUACCCCUACCCUCAACCGGUUCAACCAGGAUCAAGCAAAUCUUUCCAUCAAACAUUCACGACAAAUAGUUUUCCAAUGAAUGUACCGCCAAUGGAACAACGAAAUAUGGAAUACAAGCCAGUUCAAGAAGAAAAUGUGGCACAAGGUUAUAACUUCGACAUCAACACCUUCUCGAUGUCCCUACAAAACAGUUUGUUCUUCAAUGAUGCAGCAAAUACCAAUCAAAAUUACACAGACAGCUUGACCAGAAUAGCUGAGGAAACCUUGGAUAGUUGUUACCAAGAAACAAAUAAGUUCCAUUGAAAAACUGAGUUCUUCGAGGAAGAAUCACAAAAAUUUAGAAAAAGGAAUAUCAUGUAUUAUUGACAACAUCAUUUUCGAAUUACUCCUGUAAAUAAUUGUUUAAUUUAAAAUUCUGAGAUAUAUGCUAAAUAUAUCCGUACUGACAAAUUGCUUUUUGAUUCGUGACAACGAAACAUCCUUAAAAAAAAUGAGUGCCCU